AUGGGUGGUCGCCGACGUACCUCCGCAGCUCAAGGAGAAGUGUCAGAAAUGAGUCCCACCGGUUCGGAUUCGUCUGUUUAUUCGGAUAAGAAGAAACAAACACAUCUUCGAUGUGAACGACAACGACGUGAAGCUAUCAAUAGUGGUUAUUCUGAUUUGAAAGAGCUGAUACCACAGACAGCUUCCGCUAUGGGAUGUAAAACCACAAAUGCGGCUAUUUUAUUCAGGGCUUGCGACUAUAUGCAUCAGCUGUCGUCCGAGGUGAAAGCGAAUGAGAAGGAAAUUCAACAGCUCAACGCUCAGAUAUCUGCCUUAGAGAUGAUCGCCAGUCAAUAUGAAGCUAUGGCAGCUGAAGCUCCUUCAAGUACCUCGUCUUCUUUGCAAACUCGGAUGUUACAAAUUCUGCUCGACGAUUGCUUUUCAUCGUUCGUUGAAAAAGUAGACUUCUCGUCGUAUGCAACCAUUACUCGGACAUUACUCACAUGGGUAGAACAAAUUGCAGCGCACAACGAUCAAUUCAAGGUGAGAUAUUUGCAUGUCUGUAUGUUAUAG